AUGAAUGUGGAGAAGCUAAAAAGGCUGCAGGCGCAGGUGCGCAUCGGUGGCAAGGGAACACCACGCCGCAAGAAGAAGGUUAUGCACCAGACAGCUGCCACCGAUGAUAAGAAGUUGCAGAGCUCGCUGAAGAAACUCUCUGUGAGCACCAUACCCGGCAUUGAGGAGGUCAAUAUCAUUAAAGAUGACCUCACAGUUAUACACUUUAAUAACCCCAAGGCGCAAGCCUCGCUCUCGGCCAAUACCUUUGCUGUCACUGGCCAUGGCGAGACCAAGAAGAUUGUUGAAAUGUUGCCCGAGAUCUUGCCUCAAUUGGGCCAGGAAACUGUUGUCCAAUUGCGUAUGUAUGCCAACUCGAUGUCGAACAACCAAAAGACUGCUGAAGGUGCUGGAAAUGAUGCUAAGAUUUCCGAGGAAGACGAUGAGGUGCCGUUGCUGGUUGGUGACUUUGAUGAAGUGGCCAAAACCGAGGCAAAACAGCAGGAGCAAACUAAGACGGAAAAGAAACAGGAACAGCCAAUCAAGGAUGCCAAAAAAGCAAACAAAGCGGACAACAAGCAGCCUCAGCAACAGCAAACCAAACAGGAUCGCAAGAAGAACCAACAACAGCAGCAACAACAACAACCCGAGACUAAACAAAAUGAAGCAGCUAAGAAGGCAAACAAUUCAUCUCAAAAGGGAAAACAAGACAAUAAGAAGGAGUCCAAGAAGAAUGAACCGGAUAACACCAAUGACAAGGGCAACAUUAAUAAGACACAAGGCGAUGCACAGCCCAAGGCAGCAACUCCAAUACCAAGUGGAUUAGCGAAGCAAGAGACUGCUGUAGAACCUCCAAAGGCAGCGGAGCCGCAAAAGGCAGCUGAGCCACAAAAAGCGGCUGAGCCAAAGAAGGAGCAACCAAAGCCAGUGGAGCAAAAGACUUCACCACAAGCAGACAAACCUGUUGCUCCAGCCGCUGCAACUCCAGCAAAGGCUCAGACACCGCCUGCUGUGCAGACUUUGGCUCAAAUUGUAGCUGCCGAGCCACCAAAGGCAGCUCCAGCUCCUGCUCCAGUUGAGCAGAAAGAAAAACCCAUCGAGAAAACUUCUGAACAGAAGCCAGCAGCAGCUCAAGCCAAGCCUGAAGCGAAGGCUGAGAAGAAAGAAGUUGCAGCUCCAGUAGUAACAACUCCACCAACUGGAUCUCUUGCAUCCGAGCAGAAGACGGAACAACCUCAGCCGAAGGUUGAAAAGAAGGAAGCUGCUGCUCCAGUUCAACCGGAACAGAAGCCAGCUGCAGCACCAGCCAAUAUAGAAAAGACGGCUCCUGUGACUCCUCCUAUCAAAGCAGAACAGAAGCCAGCUCAAACUGAUCAAAAUGAUGCCAAGAAAGAAGCUGUAGCUGCCCCAACUACAGUCAAGCCAGCUGCUGAAUUGAAGCCAGCAGCACCAGCUCAAACAAAGGCCAAAUCCCCAACUCCAACACCAGUUGUGGCCGCUGCACCAGCUGCCGCUCCAGCUGCUAAACAACCGGAAGCAGUUGCUCCACAGGGAGCUGCUCAAACAGCCAAGCAAGACGCUCCUAAGCAAGUAACGCCUCCACCUGCCAAGCAAGCUACUCUACCCGCCGAACAGCCAAAGGUGCAGCAGACUCCAGCGCCAGCAGCUGCGAAGCCUGCAAAGCCCGAGAAGAAGUCAGAAGAGAAGUCGCCAGCUCAGCAGGCAGCUCAACAACAGCCCAAAGAGGCUGCACCGAAGCAGGUGACUCCGCCACCUGUGAAGCAAGCCACGCCACCAGCUGCUGCGCCAAAGCAAGCCACUCCACCAGCUGCCGAGCAGAAGCAAGCCACGCCACCAGCUGCUGAGCCAAAGCAAGCAACUUCACCAGCUUCUGAGCCAAAGCAAGCAACUCCACCUGCUACUGAGCAGAAGCCUGCAUCUGAAUCUAAGCCAACUGAGCAACAGCAAGCGAAACCAGCAGCUCAGAAACAAGCGAAUGCAGCCGGCGGCAAGAAACAGGAACAAGCUCAGAAGCCAAAGCAGCAGCAGCAACAACAGAAGCAACCACAGCAGCAACAGGGUCAGAAACAGGCACAGCAGCAACAACAGGCUCCAAAGCAGCCUCAACAGCAAGCACAGAAACAACAACCACAGCAGCAGCAGGGUCAAAAGCAACCCGCUCAGCAGCAGCAGCAACAACCUCAGAAGCAGCAACAACAGCAGCCUCAGAAGCAACCACAACAGCAACAGCAGCAAGCUCAGAAGCAACCAGCUCAGCAGCAGCAGCAACCAGCUCAACAGCAGCAGCAACCUCAGCAGCAGCAGCAAUCAGCUCAACAGCAGCAGCAACCUCAGCAACAACCCCAACAACAACAGCCACAGCAGCAGCAACAAGCUCAGAAGCAGCCACAAGCGAAUGCUGGAGGCAACAAAUCCGCACCACAGCAGCAGCAGAAACAGGCAACCGCUAAGCCUGCCGUGGCAGCCAAACCAGAGGCAGCUAAUGCCAAGCCAGCUGGAGCAAAACCCAACCAACAACAACAGCAGCAGCAGGGCAAGGGCAAUAAGGCAUCGCCUCCAAAGCAACAGCCAGCUGCUCAGAAUAAACCGCAGCAGCAAAAGCAGAACGAUGGCAAGCCCAAGACGCCAGCAAAUACGCCCAACUCGCAGUCCUCUCCCAAGGCGUCGCCGUCGCCAAAGGCAGCUGCUUCGCCACCCAAGGCUGCCUCCCCGAAGGCUGGCACUCCAACGAGCCCCGCACCAACUGCCCCGCAAGAUGGCGCCAAUUAAUUGCAUGCAUUUUCAAACACCAACGAUCGAAGCAGAGUAGAAUUGAUCGAUAGACUGCGAUGAGAGAGAAGCAGCACUGCAGUUUAUCGAUAAUGUCGAAUUGAUUAUAUUUUGUGACGAUUACAAUUUUAUAUUGAGAAAAUAAAAACACAAUUUGAAAAAAAAAGAAAAUAAUUAUUAAUUCUGCUUGCGCUCCGCUGACGAUGUGGAUGGCUGUUCACUCCUUUCCUCCUUCUUUUCGGGAUUGAGUUUCAACAUCGCGUAGUUCAAGGCUGUCGCAAAGCCCAACCAAGCCAUGUAGGGCACAAACAAAAGACCGGCCGUUUUAUUGACGCGAUAGAAGAGCACGCCACAAGCGCCGGCUGCCGCUGUUAGUGCGACAAUGUCAACAAGUCCCUGUGAAUGACACAUUGCCAUUGCAAUUGGAUUAAUAGAUAAAGAAAAUGUUCAUUAAACCGGUGAAAAAAUUAAAUGCAACUCACGCCCUUGAUAUUGUGCUGGCCAAAGAAAAUCGGUGUCCACGCCCAAUUAAGCGCCAGCUGAGUUCCAUAUGCGAUCAGCGGCAGUUGUGCCUCUCCACUGAAGCCGCCACCAUCGCGCCACACCAGGUAAGAGCCAUAGCCCAUGCCCGCAUAGAGUGAAGUCCACACGGGUGCAAACAGCCAGUUGGGUGGUCGGAAUGAAGGAAAAUUCAGAUGCUCGUACCAGUUCUUUAUGUGAUUGCGUGUUAUUUUGCCAUUCACCACGCCCCCAACAUUUGGCAAGAUGAUGGCGCCUGCAAUCUUCAGUACAUUCCCAGCACAGUUCUUGUCAGCCAUAUUUUGGAUUUAUAG